AUGGGCAAGCUACAGAGCCCGACCAAAGCGCCGUACAAGAACUGGCCGAAUGAUGCUGCUUUCGAAGCAACUACCUCGACAGAGACAAUCGAGCUCAAAGUCAUUGGAAGGUUCCCGAAAGAGGUAGCAGGGACUCUCUACAGAACCGGACCGGGGCAGUACAAAGUCGACACACCGAAAGGAGAGUACAAGCGCAGCCACUGGUUCGACGGAUUCAGCCAGAUCCACAGGUUCCAGAUCAUCCCUGACACGGAGGACCCAGGAACCUGUCGCGUAUUGUACACGUCUCGAAGCCAGGUCGACGAGUUGCUUGAGGAGGCGCAGAAGGGCGGGAAUAUCGACAAAUACAUUACCUUCGGGCAGAAGAGAGACCCAUGUAUGUCGUAUUUUGAGAAGGUCAAGGCUAGUUUCCACCCAGCGGUUCCGAGUAGUGACCACCCGGGAAUGGCAAAUAUGUGGGUUACGGUGAGGCCCGAGAUGCCGGGGAUGCCGGAGGGUACGGUGACAGCUUUGACGGAUGCAAAUAUAAUGCAGACUAUCGAUAUGGAUACUCUGCAGCCGGUGGGUGUUACGAGGCAGACAAAGCUGCAUCCGGAUUUGAAGGGCGACAUGUCCUGUGCGCAUGCUGCAUACGACCCAGUUACUGGAGAUCUAUAUAACUUCAACCUCGAAUUCGGGGCAUCAGCCAAAUACCGCAUUUUCCGCACGUCAGCAAAGACGGGGAAGACUGAUAUUCUCGCGACUAUUGGGUCCGGGGUGAAGCCUGCGUACAUCCACUCGUUUUUCCUAUCUGGGGACUUUCUUAUUCUCUGCAUCUGGCCGCUGUACUUUAAUGGAUACGGGGUAUCGGUGCUUUGGGAAAGGAAUAUCAUCGACGCGCUGGCAUUCCACCCCCAGGGGGAAACGAAGUGGUUGGUGAUAGACAGGAAGGGGAAUAGGGGCCAUGUCGCCACAUUCACCAGCCCUCCCUUUUUCAGCUUCCACACGGUGAAUGCUUUCCAGGAGGAUCGUGAUGGAACGGUUGAUAUUAUGUGUGAUAUCAUCCAGUUCCAGAACGAUGGCAUACUGAGGAAUUUGUACUUUGAGAACGUCCUCUCAACCGGCGAGGGCAAGCCGCCUCACGACGAGAACAUACCGAGUCUGGUACGGUACAAGCUCCCUGGUGUUCCGACGAAGGGCAUCAAAAAGCAGGUGGCAGCAGCAGAGGUCGUGACGAAGAUCGAUAGAGCUGGGGAGCUGCCGACCAUCAACCCAAUGUACGCCACGAAGAGACAGAGAUAUGCGUAUGGAAUCAUUGACAGGGGCCAUUCAUCGUUUGCUGACGGGCUCGCAAAGACGGAUCUGGAUACGGGGAAGCUCACAUACUGGGGUAAAGAGCCACGGCCCCAUACUCCAGGAGAAGCCAUAUUUAUCCCUGAUGGGACGAACGAGGCUGAAGAUGCAGGAUACCUGCUGAGCGUUGUGCUGGACGGGGAGACUGGGCGGUCGUACUUGGUGUGUUUGUCGGCGAGGGACAUGACUGAGAUAGGCCGUGCAGAGGCAGACCAUGCAAUUGCGCUUGGGCUGCAUGGGCAUCACAGUGUUGGUUAUUCAGAGAGUGGUUAA